AUGCUUGUUAUUGACAAUCUACCCUUGGACAUCACGCAGGAAGAUUCUCUUCCCGCAAAUCUCGUGGUGCUGCGAAACGAAGCGGCCAUUACAGCCGUGAAUAACUGUAACUCAUCUCUUCUCAAUAGCUUCGACGUACACUUGCAAUUUGCGAGUGCACUUCUCAAAUAUGGUACUGAAACAUCGAGCUCGCAUUUUGACGAACUGCAGUGCAAGGUGAUCACGAAUAUGGCUUAUUUCCUGCAGCAGAUCGCAGAAGGGCUUGCUCAAAAAGCGUUCACAGAGGAUUCCAAAGAGGCAUGGGCAAGCAGUGGCUUGUAUAAUAAAAAUGCGAUAGGGCUUCUGCAAUUUUUGCGUCGAUUAGAUCUUGCUAACAGCCCUCAGUCUUUGGGGCUGGUGCAAACGUAUAUGAAAUGCUGGACGAUAUCGCAACAGCUGGGUGUGGUCAUGCUAUCGCUAUCAAAGCUCAGAUCCCGUAUUUGCGAUACACCCAAUACCAAUGGCGGUGUCAACUCUGCGAAAAAUUCAAGCAAUAUGCGUUACGAUCGGCUUCUGGAAUUUCAAGAAUCUGAUCUGAAGGACUUGGCCAAAUCGAGCCUGCUUUACGCACGCUUGUGCAUCGGAUGUCGAUCUGCGUGUUCACAACUGGCCAAUACCCAUGUUUCAAGUGCAUGUGAGCCUCUGAUACAAUAUCUCGAUGCCCUCACUUUUAUUCUGCUGUCACUGGAUCGCUACAAAAAUGACGAUUGUGGAAGCGCUAUUGGCAUGUUGGAAGCAGCAACCGAUUGUCUGUCGACCGGCUUAAUUACCUCGAAACAACUCAAGCUUAUACAAGAAACCAGGAAACUGAAGCACAAGUUUUCGGCAAAGUGGAAUGAGCUGAAGUCCGAAAGCACGAGCAUCAAAGCAAAGAUCAAUCCUUUCAAAAGAAAGAACGAUUCAAAACCGACAGGACUUCAUUAUUUCCUGCAAUUUACAUUGGAAGACUUUAUCAUUCCCUUAAUGAUUUUAUUGCAUUACCGGUACUUAAGGACUAAUGAUAAGGUGUUUUUCCAGCCAAUAGUCCGGGACCGCCAAAAACUGCUUAACACAUGGCCGCAGGGUAAGACUCCCGAUUUAGUUGGUACGACGUGGAUUUUUGACGGAGAAAAACUGCGAGAAGAAAUCAAUCACGGUGCAGGUAGCGAAUACUACUAA